AUGGCCAAGUUGAUCCUUCUUACCGGUCUGGUGCGCCUGCUGAAUGCACAAAUAGGUUCUGCCUAUGUGCUUUCAUGCUACUUUACCAACUGGGGCCAAUACAGACCAGGCCUUGGGAAAUUCAAACCUGACAACAUUGACCCUUGCCUGUGUACUCACCUGAUCUAUGCCUUUGCUGGGAUGACAAACAAUGAGAUCGCCACCAUUGAAUGGAAUGAUGUCACUCUUUACAAAUCUUUCAAUGGCUUAAAAAAACAGAAUGGAGAACUGAAGACUCUCUUGGCAAUUGGAGGCUGGAACUUUGGAACAGCACCAUUCACUGCAAUGGUUGCCACUCCUGAAACCCGCCAAACCUUCAUCAACUCUGUCAUCACGUUCUUGCGCCAGUAUGACUUUGAUGGGCUGGACUUUGACUGGGAGUACCCUGGAUCUAGAGGCAGCACUCCUCAAGAUAAGGCACUAUUCACAGUCCUGGUUAAGGACAUACAGCUUUUCUGUAACCCAUUUUCUAUUGACAUUGAAAAUGUGGAUACAAUUUACCAAAUGGAACUGGCUGAACUGCAGAAUUGUGACUCUCUGAAAGAAGCAUUCAAGUAUUUGGACUAUUUCCAUGUGAUGACCUAUGACUUCCAUGGUUCCUGGGAGGGAUAUACUGGAGAGAACAGUCCUCUGUUUAGAGGCCCUGCUGACACUGGUGGCAACAUCUACUUCAAUAUAGACUAUGCCAUGAACUACUGGAAGAACAAUGGUGCCCCAGCUGAAAAGCUCAUUGUUGGAUUCCCAACAUAUGGGCACACCUUCAUCCUCAGCAACCCAUCCAACACAGCCAUUGGUGCCCCCACAUCUGGGGCUGGACCUGCAGGACCAUACACAAGACAGGCUGGCUUUUGGGCUUAUUAUGAGAUCUGCACCUUCCUCAAUAAUGGAGCCACUCAAGUCUGGGAUGCUCCUCAAGAUGUGCCUUAUGCCUACAAGGGUAACGAGUGGCUUGGAUAUGACAAUAUCAAGAGCUUCAAUAUUAAGGCUGACUGGGUGAAGAAGAACAACUUUGCAGGUGCAAUGGUUUGGUCCCUGGACUUGGAUGAUUUCACUGGCACUUUCUGUAAUCAGGGCAAAUACCCCUUGAUCACUGCUUUGAAGAAUGCUCUCGGACUGCAGAGUUCUAGCUGUACACCUUCUUCCAACCCCAGUAGUGGCAGUGGCAGUGGAAGUCCUGGAGGCAGCCCAAGCAGUGGCUCUGGAGGCAGCCCCAGCAGUGGCUCUGGAGGCAGCGGGUUCUGUAUCAACAAAGCUGGAGGCCUCUAUCCAGACCCAACUAACCACAACAAAUUCUACCACUGUGUGAAUGGGAGGACUUUUGUGCAGAAUUGCCAGACCGGACUUGUCUUUGAUACCAGCUGUUCCUGCUGUAACUGGGCAUGA